AUGGCUAAUCUACGACACCUUCAGAAUGAUGCAGAUUUUGCAACUGAACUCAGCAAUGCUGGCACAAGGUUGGUGGUUGCGGACUACUUUGCCACAUGGUGUGGUCCGUGCCGAGCAAUAGCCCCAGCCUUUGCUGAUUUCAGCACUCGCUAUCCUAAAGCAGUGUUUCUCAAGAUUGAUGUGGAUCAGUGCCAGGAAACAGCCCAACAUGAAGGCGUCUCUGCCAUGCCAACAUUUAUAUUUUAUCGCAACAAAACAAAACUGGACACGAUGCGUGGUGCAGAUCCUGCUCUUCUGGAAGAGAAGAUCAAGAAAUGGUACACAGAGGAGGAGGGGGAGGAAGGAGACAGUGUGGUCAGAGGUCAUAUGGAUUUACUGUCACUGAUCAACAAGUCUGCCAGUGAGUGCCUGAAUGAAUCAGAUGAACACACACUGGAGCAUUGUCUGACUGCCAAGGGAGGCUAUCUAGAGUCUGACUGUGAUGAGCAGCUCAUCAUCAAUAUUGGGUUUCUGCAGUCUGUCAAGUUACACUCUCUCAAACUUCAUUGCUCACAAGAUAAUGGACCCAAGAAUAUCAAACUGUUCAUCAACCAGCCCCACACGCUAGACUUUGACUCUGCAGACUCCAUGGAGCCAGUACAGAUGUUGGAGUUAACCCCUGAAGAUCUGCAAGAGGGCGCUGUCAUUCCACUCAAGUAUGUGAAGCUGCAGAACGUCAUCAGUCUGACUCUGUUUAUCAAAGACAAUCAAGUGGGAGCAGAUACAACCAGGAUUGAUCAUCUAGCACUGAUUGGCUCCCCAACCAGCUCCACCAAUAUGGCAGAGUUCAAGAGGGUGGCAGGGAAGAAAGGUGAAAGUCACUGA